AUGUUCAGUCAGUUCACAGCGGGUUCCAUCCCCAAGGAGCUGGGCGCCCUCACCGACCUCGAGAGGCGUGACCUCGCCUACAACCGGCUUACAGCGUUCUGGCGUGACGAGGGGUGGGCUAGAUGCGUCUGGCGUGUUUCUCCCGCGUUCGGGAAAUGGUUGCAAUGCACAUGGUACGCUUUUACUCGAAAGACUAGUAACUCACUUCCGAAACAACUGGAAGCACUGCUGGCGACGCUAUCACAGCUUGGGCUAUAUGUCCACAAAAACCCGUGGCAAGAACCACCAGAAGCGGUGGUGAGCAUCGCUCCUGUCGGGCGAAAAAUGAUGAAGAUCGUUCUUGUCGGACAAGAGGGUGCCGGGAAAACUAGCUUGCGCCAGAUCUUGAGGACUGGGCGACCUACCCCUACCCGUGGACCCGAGGAAAGCACGGUACACAUGGACGCCGAGCAGAUAGACGUCAAUGGCGCUACCUUCCGAGUGUACGAUUGCGCAGGACAGGUCGCCUACACAGGGCUGCUGCAGAUGUUCCUCUCGCCUCGAGCCGCGAGUCUCCUCGUAUGCGACACCGGUGCGUUCGGGCAGCGCGACAGUAGUUUGACCGACGGAGACCGGCUGAAGAAGGACCUGAGCAAGCUCCAAGCACUACGCGUGUGCGAUUGGCUGCGCUCGUUAUCGCUCCGCAUUCCUGAUAGCGACGUCGUCAUGGUCACAACCAAAUGCGAUCUCGCAGCCGGAAUGGCCGCUGAUACGGCGGGGAGGAUUGAAGGCGCUAUUGGGAAGUGGCUAGAGAGUUGGUCUGGUGCUGGAAUGACCGCUGUCCGUGUUGAGAAUUGGGUGAGCCUGACGAGCUGCUUGGCGCCAACCCCUAACGAGGAUGGAGGCGCUACGUUGGGGAAGAGGAAGAGUCCGGGUGAGCAAUCGACGUGGGCCUGCGACUGGCGCGAGGGAACGUGCGUCGAGUCUCAUCCGAGUUUGCUUCACCGGGUCAUGUACAACAGCCAGAGUGACCUUCGAGGUGCAUCCCUCGUGCUCCCUCGCAGCUGGAAUAUCGCUCUUGAGGUGUUGGAUGCUCUCGGGAGCGGCAGGGACCCCGUAGAUCCGGCUCACCAGACGGUUCUCGCGUCGGCUCUUCAGGGAGAUGGAGGAUCAAUCGUCAACCCUGACCACGCUGUUGAAGGCGCACUCCUUAUCAGGGAGCACGAGGGUUCCCUGGUCCGCCACGAGACUUACGUUUUUCUUGACGUAACGUGGCUAACCCAAAGUCUGAAGCCACUCCUGAACCACAGGGAUGACGAGGAUCCAUUUUGUGGCGAUGUGUCCCUGGGCGACACAGGAAUCACGCUGAAGGAGGACAAGCACAUCGCGUCUUGGAAUAGGCUGAAAGGAAAUGGUGUCCUCGAACCGUCGCUUGCCAGAGUGCUGUGGCCUGAUGGUCUUAGCAACUACGUCCUCCCCGCGCUUGAUUCGCUGGGACUCACGUACCCGCUAGACGAUGAUCCCGCCGAGGGGCUGGUCGUUCUACUCAGACUCCAUGAAAAACGUCCUGAAGAUGUAGGCGCGCUCCGAACAUUUUGGUGCUUUGGCGUGCUGGUGCAAGGCAGUCUAGGUGGCGUGGCCGCAAAGACGUUUGCGUUGCUGAUAGAAUACUCGCACGAGACGUGUGAGGUCGACAUGAAGGUGUACGGCAGCAUCAGUACCGCCGCUCCCUGGGCAGCGCUAUCGUUUGGCACCUCGGUGUUUCAGGCGAUGUGCUCGGAAUUUCCGGGGCUGCGAUGGCGCGCCUCCCUCAAAUGCCCUCAGCAUGAGCAAGAGAUGCAGAUUAGCAAGGCGGCGACUCGACCCGGCGACAACAUCUUGUUAGACAAGCUGUUCCAGGAGAUGGCCGGGAGAUUAGUCCAAGCGCAGGACCGGUAUCCUGUCCUUCGUCCAGAGGCAGCGCGAGGCCUCCAUCCUGAACAAUCCCAGCGACGAUUCGACGCAUGGUGGGACGGCGUGAAAGAAGAAAUGGGCGACAUGCUUCGCGGCGCCAGAGGGCCGAUCGGCGGGGAGGCUGUUGGGAGCACCGCUAGCGUUGCUUCAGCCGAGGUUGCGAGGCUUGAACGGUUAGUUAACGACCUCCAGCAGCAAGUGGGACAACAACACCAGGAUGUACGAGAGCGGAUUGGAGCCGUGGACACGCGCUUGGUGGACAUGAUCGAUGCAGACGAUGGGGUGAUGGGUAGGCUCGACUUCCUCGUUGUGAUGAUGAUGGCGAUGAGACGCGAAGGGUUCGAUACACCUCGCAGGGCAUGCGUCCUUCCCCCGUGGGACUUGGCGCAAGGUCGCGGCCUGUCCGACGAGGAGCAAGCACCGGAGUGUUGGGUCAAACGACUGGACCAGUGGCGAGAAGACGACUUCAAGCAGGGAAAGGGGAUCUUCAAAAAGAAAUUGCGGCUGUUUCUGGUGUGUGCCGCAACACAUCGGCUUGUGCCGUGUGGGCCCGAUGGCCAGGGGUACGAUAUCCAGCACCCCCGUACUUGGUUCCGCAUGUCGGUGAGCGUGGCGACGUUUGUGCUGCAGGUGGUAUGCGCUACGUUGGCCGCAAUAGCUGCGGCACCUCUGUCGGGGGCCGGUGCUCUUGCCGAAGAAACGUUUUCGGCGGCAUUGGGGAGCAUGGAGAGCAUGCUGGAGGCUCAGCUGGCAGGGCAAACUCUCGACGAUGGUGGCGUAGAUGUAGCCGCGGGUCCCCAGACAGCUCAGCUGGAGGGAGGGGUGUAUUCCUCUCUGCGGGAGUUCAUCCACGGGGUCGAAGACACUGCUCGCCUUGAGAUUGCCAAGGCGACGAAGAAGGCCCACAGAGAGCGCCGCGCCCCUCCUAGCUCAUCUGAGUUCGUGUUUUUCGAGCAGAAAAUGGUCCAGGUGCAGAGGCGUGACGGCGACGCGGCAGUACAGUGGGUGUUGAAGGGGCAUGAGUCUUCAUGGUUCGAUCAGACUAGAUCAGCCCCAGUGUUGUAG